CCACCUUUACUUUACUUGACGCUCUCAGUCUCUCCUUGCCUACAGUUUGCAGCCACGCCCUUGCCCUUGCGUGCUUCUUUCGCUUGACUAGCACUAAUUACGCCGUCUACACAUUCUGUUUUCUUGUCUCCAAUUGGAUUGUCCAAAAGCUCCCACUACCGGGGCGAAUCGGCAUCACUACCUUCUUAGAUUGGGAUUAGCACAGAUAUGAUAUGUUGAUGUCCUGCUCUGCUUCUUAGCCUCAGACAUGGCUGAUCGUGGGGGCUCCAAGGCUCAUCAUGUUCGCCGCGCUCCUUUAGGAGACGCAACUGAUCGCAUCAUCAACACUUCGCCCCAGAAACGUGAGAAGCGCAGUCGAUCCCAAAACCCUCAACCAAACCCGUUGCGUGCCCAUCCAACUCGUUGUGUCCCAGUCAAAGGCCCAUCCCAAAAUGGUACAUCCUUAUCACCACGCCGUGUCGCGUCCAACUCGAAAGAUCUCGCUGUAUCUAGAAGCGCCAAUCACCGAGUUUCCGCUAGUCAACACAUACCAACCCCUGGUGUUAGUGAAGCCAACGGGGAUCAACGUGUGUCUGUUAUCUCGACGUCCAGCUGCGCCUCGGGUGGCAAUCGAAAAACCCACAUAGGCCCAUGGGAACUCGGAAAAACUUUGGGCAAGGGAUCAGCUGCCCGUGUCCGUCUAGCCAGACAUCAUACCACCCAUGAUAUCGUUGCCGUCAAGAUCCUCGCCAAGAACAUGACCCAACUAACUGCCGCCGGGAGUAUGGCCGAGCUAGAGAAAUGGGACUGCACGCGAAAUGAGUUUAAUUCGCAAAGACAGAUGCCCUUGUCUAUCGAGCGCGAAGUUGCCGUGCUAAAACUUAUCGACCAUCCCAAUAUCGUCAAGCUGCAUGAUAUCUGGGAGAACCGCGCCGAGAUUUAUCUUGUCCUGGAAUAUAUGGAUUGUGGUGACAUGUUCACAUAUAUAAACGCCUGCGGUCCGAUACCCGAAUUCGAGAUGGCAGCCUACUUUUACCAAAUACUCAGCGCCUUAGAAUACGUUCACUCCUUCAACAUAUGUCACCGGGAUCUCAAGCCCGAGAACAUUCUUAUGAACUCCAAUGGCGUAGUAAAAAUAGCCGACUUUGGCAUGGCGGCAAUUCAACAAAGCCCGACUCAUGCUUUGAAAACAUCGUGCGGUAGCCCACACUACGCUGCCCCAGAACUAAUCUCUCGAAGUCGCUACCAAGGUAGCAAGGUAGACAUAUGGAGUUUAGGUUGUUUACUCUAUGCAACUCUUACCCGCCAACUCCCAUUCGAUGAUCCUGAUGGAAACGUGCCAAAGCUACUCGCAAAGGCAGCAAAAGGCAGCUAUGUUAUGCCAAGGUCCCUCAGCAAGGAGGCCCAAGAUCUGAUUAGGAAAAUGUUAACGGUUGACCCGGCGAAGCGUAUAUCGAUUCGAAAGAUUUGGCAGCAUCCCUUCAUGCUAAAAUAUGAAGAUUUAAAUAGCUUGAAUACCGAUAGCCCGGCACCUGACUGUCGAGCGAGUGACAGGGCUAGGCCCGUACCACCUGAAGAGGUUGAUCUGCAGAUAUUACGCCAAUUGAAGUCAAUGUGGCACACAUUCUCUGAGAAACAAAUCGCCAUGCAACUGACCAAUCCACUGCCAAAUGACCAGAAACUUUUUUACUGGUUGCUCAUCAGCUAUCGAGAGAAGAAACUAGAAAACUAUGAUGCCGAUUUGACCUACUCUGCAAGUGAUUAUCAUCACCUGCGACCUGUCAACUGGAGGAAAAAAUUCACAACGGCUGAGUUUCCAUCCAGGUACAAGAGGGUACCUUCACGAUUCACUGUGAUAUCGACUGUUCCUACAGAUGGGACACUUGAGGUUACGGAUAACGCUACAGACGGAGGCAACACAACCAUGAGCUACGAUCCUUACAAGUCCUCGAGAAUCAUUGAAAAUGCUCAUGCUAGUCAUGCCAAAAUUGUCGUCCACCGAAAUGGCAGUGUCGCGAACAAGUCGAGUCGUUCUUCAACAUCACACCGUGGCCAAAGCGGGUCAUUCAAAACUGCUUCUACUCGCUCGAGACAGCAGAGAGGCGGUCGCUACAUUAACACUCCUCUCGCUUCACGCCCUUCGCGACAGUCUUUGAGCUCGGUUCAGAGCACCGAGAGCAGUCGUUACAUGAGGCCGGCUUCUAGGCGUAAGAGAGGCGUUGACUUCUCCCAAGUUCGAAUGAAGUCAGAAAGCCAGCGCGAAAUAGCACACGCCCAGGCGGGUAUUGCUGGAAGCGAUACAGAACAUAUUUACGGUCCUGCCACCCCCAUAGACUUGGUUAGAGAUACCAAACCGCCCAGAAAACUGCAUAGGAAAAUUAGAGCUACGACCCAGUCCAUGACGACUAUGGCUCACGGAAGUGGCAACAGUCCGCCUUGGAAUGAAGAAGUGAGUGAGUUUAGUCACAGCAUUGCGAAGGAUUGUGAUGAUGCCUUCAACAGCUCUUUGCUUGGGCCUGAGUCAUACCUAGACAAUACUCCAAGCCGGGUGUCAGUUCUAGCGGAUUCGGCACCGCCCCCUAAUAGAUUAACAACGCCUACACCAGCUCCCACAGGUAACCUACAUACGCACGCGAGGGCUCGUCCUUGGGAUCACCGGCCUUUACCACCGACGCCGUCACCUACGGCAUCAGCAAUGGACGUAAUAGCAACAGCAUGGCCGAGAACUGGUGCGAACUCUAACAACUGGGAUACAUCCAUGUAUCUUGAUCGCAGUACCUUUCAGCCGAAUGGUAUACCUCCUAUGAGAGACCUAGCGAUGCAGGGUGAUUCAAACCUCAGAAUUUCCUCGGCACCAAUCUAUUCGCAGUACAGCACUCAAUGGGGAAAGGACAAGAUUCCGCUACCAUCAAUCAUCGAAAAGUCUCGAAACAAUGAUGGUGACCCUAGAUCUCGAAUCGUUUCUGCUCCAGCUAAAUACCAGCAACACGAAACGGAUGAUCAUGCGAACCUGGAGUUCCUGUCCAGGCAGGACAAUACAAUACGUCUAGUAACCUCACCCUCGGGUAAGCCAUUUGGCGACGUUGAAGUCCCUAAGCCACUCAAUCUACACAAAGGCAUGUCUCACGGUGCCACAGCUCAUGAUCAGACCAAGAAUGAGCUUAACCUUCGCGAACGGUACAUGCAUGAUGAAUUGGCGAGCUCCUCGGCAAACGCACAAGAAAUCAUAUCGGUAGAUAGCACGAAUUCCACUAAUGUGAAGAAGAGACUAUCAUGGUUCAAGCGCAGGUCUAAGGAUAGAGAGACUAUAUUCAGUACCGCGGGAGAAUCCAUUUUAAAUGGAGCUGACCAUCUCACAUCCACGGCCAUGGAUCCUUCUCCAAUAGAUGCACCUGCACCUCUGUUCAAGAAAAAGAGCUUCAAUCUUGCCUUUUGGCGCAACAGCAAGAAUGAGGCCCAAGCACCGAUGUCGAUCGCGGAAUCUAAACCGAGUGAUGCGUCGAUCCCCGCACGCAUGUUCAGUCAUCCAGCCCGGCCUCCUUGCGGCAGUGAGCGGGCAGAUCAAAAGAAGAUCCGUAACAUUGAACCUCAGCAGAGCUGGCUUGCCCGCCUAUUCAGGGUGAAACCGGCUACUCAAUAUCUUUGCUUCUCUAUUUCUCGUCGACGCGCAAGGCAGGAGAUUGUGAUCUUGCUUAAAGAUUGGAAGAAAUACGGCAUUCGGGACGUAGAAGUCGAUAAGGCCAGGAACAUCGUCUUUGCUCGAGUCGACGAAGACAAUUACCUCAAAAUGAAGAAAGUGGCAUUCGCUGCUGAAAUCAUGAGAGUAAUCGAGCAUGGAAAACGCAGUCAGCUAUGCAUUGUCCGCGUCACGCAAGAACGCGGAGCUGCCAGCAGUUUUCUCAAGGUCAUCGAAAUUAUGAACUCAGUGUUCAGCGAACGAGGCCUUCUUGUCACCGACAAGCGAAAGAGCAAGAUGAUGAUCAAGACGCUCAAUUCGUAACUGGUACUUUGCUGUAAAAGAUGAUGUUCUAGGAACUGUUUCCCCCGCCCCCCAUUAUGGGCAUGCACGGCGCCAGGGAGUCGCGCUAUAGAUGAGGUUGAGCUCACGGGA